AUGUCUGAAGGAAUCAAAGUCGAGGUUACGUUUGUUUAGUUUAUUAUUAUUAUUCUAACAUUUUGUAGGUGUUAGGUAGUCUUCAUAUUUAUUUUUUCAACUUUUUAAAUUGUUAAUUUACAGGAAAAUGGAGCCGGAGACACAGUUCUUGAGCCAGAGAACUUGCGCAAAGUGUUUGUUGGUGGACUCACCUCCAACACUACUGAUGAUAUGAUGAAAGAGUUUUAUGCCCAAUUUGGAACAAUUACUGAUAUCAUCGUCAUGAGAGAUCCAAGCACAAAGCGUUCCAGAGGAUUUGGUUUCGUCACAUUUUCAAAGAAAACUGAAGUUGAUGCCGCAAUGAAAGCUCGUCCACACACCAUCGACGGAAAAACGAUUGAUCCAAAGCGCGCCGUUCCAAGAGAUGACAAGAACAGAACUGAAUCCAACGUAUCCACAAAAAGACUUUACGUCAGUGGAGUUCGAGAUGAUCACACCGAAGAUAUUCUCAAGGACUACUUCUCUCAAUACGGAAAUGUCACAAAAUCAGAAAUCAUCUUGGACAAGAACACCCAAAAACCAAGAGGAUUCGGAUUCGUUACCUUCGAUGAUCAUGAUCCAGUUGACCAAUGUGUUCUUCAAAAAUCACACACCAUCAGUGGACAUCGUUGCGAUGUGCGAAAAGGAUUGAGCAAGGAUGAGAUGAAUAAGGUGAGAAAAAUUAUAAAUAUGAAUUUUAUUUGACAAAAUAAUUUUUUUCAGGCUCAAAACAGUCGUGAUCGUGAAGGACGAGGAGGUCGUGUCGGCCGAGACAGUAAUGGAAGAGGAAACUUCAAUGGAGGCGGACAAGGAUACGGUGGUGCUCGUGGAAGUUAUGGCGGACCACAAGGUGGAUACGGCGGUGGAGCCGGUUAUCAACAAGGUGGUUGGGGAGGCCAACAACAAGGCGGCUGGGGUGGACAGCAACAAGGCGGUUGGGGAGGCCAACAACAACCACAACAAGGAGGAUGGGGUGCCCCACCACAACAACAAGCUGGUUGGGGAGGCCAACAAGCAAACGGCGGCAGUUGGGGUGGACCAGCACAACAACAACAACAAGGAGGCUGGGGAGGACCACAAGGAAAUGGUGGUGGUUGGGGAGGACAAUCCGGUGCACAACAGUGGGCAAACGCUCAAGGAGGACGAUAUUAA